CUCAUAACGUGGCUGUGCUUUCAUUUCUAAAUCGAAUGGAAAGGAAAACAGAUGCGCCCCACACCGUCCAUUCAUUUUACUUAUGAGAGCAAAUGGGUGUCCUGCUCAGAGAUGAAGGAACCAGACGGAGGCGAGGAGACUAUUUUGGAGAACAUGGGGAUCUGCAGGAAACCUUCGCUCCUUAAAUGGAUUGUCAAUGCAGUUCCAGUAUGGAGGGAGACCAAGCUCUACAUUACAGACACAAAAUUUGGCGAUGUGCAUGUGAGGAUUUAUCAGCCAAAAUCUCCAUCUACAGGACAAAGGAGAGGAAUUAUCUACCUACAUGGCGGAGCUGGCUUAUUUGGCAGCAUUAAAGCCUAUCAGGUGCUUUGCCGCCAUCUUGCCAGAGAAAGUGAAUCAGUACUUGUGUGUGUCGGAUGCAUGAGAUAGGACAGACACACCUGGUGAUGCGAUGAAACGAAAGCUUUGGAUGAAGCAAGGACUAUCCAGUUAAAGAGCUGGAUCUUGAACUGACUCCUAAUGUACCCAGCUGCCUUCCUCCCUCAGUGCCUGGGCAAAUGUGAAGUUAAGCACUUUUAGAGCCUGAAAUUAAUUCUCUUCCUCCCUUUAGA